UACACAUGUUAAACCAAAAUACAAAUUCAUUGUUUUGAAAUUACAUUUCACGUAAAGUUUGUGUUUUUACUUUAAGAAAUGUCGCAUGGACACUCUCACAGUCAUGGCGGAUGCAGCCAUGAAGCCACCGAUGUGGAUCACGCCCUGGAAAUGGGCAUAGAGUAUAGUCUAUAUACCAAAAUUGAUUUGGAAAAUACAGAAUGCCUGAAUGAGGAGACCGAUGGCACUGGCAAGACUGUUUUUAAGCCUUACGAAAAGCGACUAGAUCAUAGCAAAUUUGUGCAAAGUGAUGCCGAUGCGGAACUACUUUUUAAUAUUCCCUUUGCCGGCAAUAUCAAGUUGAAAGGCAUUAUCAUAUGCGGCGCCAAUGAUGAUUCACAUCCAAACAAAGUUAAAAUCUUUAAGAAUCGCCCCAAGAUGACAUUCGAUGAUGCCAAAACCAAAGCGGAUCAAGAGUUUGAUUUAACACGCGAUGCAGCAGGCGAAAUUGAGUAUUCACCCAAAGUUGUCGCCUUCUCAUCCGUACACCAUUUGUCUUUGUAUUUUCCCAGCAAUUUUGGUGAUGAUAACACGCGCAUCUACUAUAUAGGGCUGCGUGGUGAAUUUAGUGAAGCUCAUUAUCAUGGAGUUACUAUUUGUAACUAUGAAGCACGUGCCAAUGCUGCUGAUCAUAAGGAUAAGGUCUUUGAUGGCGUAGGACGCGCUAUACAAUAAGCAGAAGCCUCUGCAAAAAUGGAUCCUCAACAAAAAUUGCAUUGAAUGCACAUUUUUUUAAAAACAUAUUUAAUAA